UGAUGGGUGGGGCUAUGUGAUGACUCAACACAGGUUAGAAGUACACACAACAGGUGUGCACAGUUUGCUCAGACCAGAGUGCUCUCAUUUUACCAGCUGCCAGGAUUCACAGGUUUCCAAAGUCUUUGGGAGUUAGCAGCAGAGAAUAAGGCCUAACGAUGGCCAACUUUGGAGGACAUGCCAUUCCUGGCUCUUUUUUCCUGUUCCUUGGCUUUUGGCUAACCGUGAAACAUGUUCUCCAACACUACUGGAGGAGAAGUCAGCCUAAAGGAAGACACAUUAUGCCAUCUUUCUUUAAAAAAAUGGACUUCUUGGAGGGAGGAUUUCUAAUCUUUGGUUCAUUUGUUGGUAUUAUGAUUGAACAGUUUGUGGUGGAUGGGCCACAUGCCCAUCUCUACGACAAAGAGAACAAUUCAUGGGUCAAGCUGAUGAACUGGCAGCACGGCACAAUGUAUCUGUUCUUUGGGAUCUGUGGAAUAGCACUGGUUGCCAGUAGUGCAUCCAAACUGGUGCCAGCUGGUGUUGACCGCCUUGCUCUCUCCGUGGCUCUUUUUGUUGAAGGGUUUCUGUUUUAUCACCACCUGCACAAUCGGCCCCCUCUGGAUGCUCACAUCCACUCACUGCUGCUCGUGCCUGUGUUCAGUGGAUCAGCCAGCACCAUGUUGGAGGUGUUCAUAAGAGACAACAUUAUUUUGGAGCUGUUAAGAGCAUGCCUGUUCAUCCUGCAAGGCUCAUGGUUCUAUGAGAUUGGAUUUGUACUUUAUCCAUUAAGUGGACCGGAGUGGGACCUGAAACUGCAUGACAACCUCAUGUUCAUUACUAUGUGCUUCUGCUGGCACAUAGCUGUGGCCCUGCUUUUAGUCACCUGCAUCUCCUCUGUGGUUUGGUUCACAGUGAAGCGGUUCUCAGGAAGGGGACGGGACAUAGAGAUUGGAAUGCGAAGUACAUCCUCCAAAACAAGCUCCCAGAAAGCUUUGCUUGAAGAGUCGGAUGAAGAGUGAACGCAUGAUUAUGGUUCUUUAAAAUUUUUACUUACGUUUGAUUAGUUUUGGUCCAUAAGACCAAGGGCGUUUUUUUAACCUGCCUUGUUUAGUUUGGUUGAAUCGAACACUGGAGCUUUUACCCCCUUGGUGCAGUUCGUUUGGGCAGGUGUGAACACAGCAAUCGCAUGCGGGUGCGGACCAAAACUACGUGGUCUCAGUCCAGUUACAAACCAACUCUGGUACGCUUUGAUACGAUUCGUUUGUGGUGAGAAUGUGAUCCAACGCACUCACCAGGUACUCCUUAAGUUUGAGUAAAACGGUUCCUGUAGUCAGGCGUGCUUUGCAAUCUGUGAUGUGGCAGAGCAUAGAGUAGCAGCUUGCAAUGUUUCUCUCACCGAAAUAUACUGCAGUCAAGCUCAUGUCUCUGUGGUCAAACCAGCAGCUGCUAAAGUUGGAGACAGACACCGGCAGAGCAGAGUGAAGUCCCGGUGAGCAGAGCAGAUGUAGUAACGCUGUUCACGAAACAAUGUCUGGAAAAUAAUUUAAAUGAAAUGAGCUGGUUUGACCAAGUGGAUGUGAGAAAUAUGCUCUUUUUUUGCUCCCACCCCAGACACAUUUGACCAAUAAAAGGAGUGAACAUAAUGGAUUAGUUUGUAGUGAUGCGUUUUGGUUCGCUUUGAUUUUUCUCUGUGUGAAACCAAACCAAGGGGAAAACGCUCCAUGUUAACAAAACUCAUCAUCUGAUUCGGACCAGAGCUAAUGAACUAUAGGUGUGAAAACGCCCUAAGUCUGCUGUUUUGUACAAUUCAUUUUUGU